UGCCAGGAACUACCGGUUUCUGAAAAAAGGUCGAAGUGAACUACAAACAGGGAUGCGGCUCGCGCGGUUCGGGAGAUUCUUUCUGUGUUCUGGCGCGCGAAACUACAGCUUCCCCUGUCUCCAUGGAGGGGCAGCUAUAUGGAGAUGCCGGCGCUUUAACUCAGAAAAUAAAGUACAGGAAAAUAGCCCAGUGACUCCAAUGCUGAAACACCUCGUGAUGAAAAUAAAGUCAACUGGCCCCAUUACAGUUGCUGAAUAUAUGCGAGAAGUCCUAACCAAUCCUGUUAAGGGAUAUUAUAUGCACCAUGACGUGCUAGGAGAAAAAGGAGAUUUUGUUACUUCACCUGAAAUAAGUCAGAUGUUUGGAGAGUUAAUAGGUAUUUGGUUUGUUAGUGAAUGGAUAGCUUCUGGCAAACCAGGAAAAUUUCAGCUGGUGGAGUUGGGUCCAGGCAGAGGCAGUCUUACUCAUGAUAUUUUGCGGGUCUUUAACCAACUGGGAUCUUUACUUAGUAAAUGUGACAUUUCUGUUCAUCUGGUGGAAGUCAGUCCCAAAUUAAGUGAGAUUCAAGCAUUAACACUGGCAGAAGAAAAGAUAGAAUUAAUGGAUAGAUCCCCUGCUUACAUGAAAGGUGUUGCUAAGACUGGGCUUCCAAUUUUCUGGUACCAAGACUUGAGUGAUGUUCCAGUAGGAAACAGUUUUUAUUUAGCACAUGAAUUUCUUGAUGCUCUGCCUAUACACAAGUUUCAGAAAACAGAAAAGGGGUGGCGUGAGUUAUUAGUUGACAUUGAUCCAGAAGUUCCUGACAAGCUGCGUUUUGUCCUUGCACCGUCUGCUACUGCUGCUUCAGAAGCCUUUGUACAUGAAGAAGAAUCCAGGGAUCAUGUGGAAAUGUGUCCUGAUGCUGGUGUCAUUAUCCAGAAGCUGGCCCAAAAUAUAGAAAAGAAUGGGGGAGCUGCACUAAUUGCAGAUUAUGGUCAUGAUGGAACAAAAACCGAUACUUUCAGAGGAUUCUGUGGCCAUAAGCUACAUGAUGUGUUGUUAGCUCCAGGAACAGCAGACCUCACUGCAGAUGUUGAUUUUAGUUACCUGCGAAGAAUGGCACAGGAUAAAGUAGCUACUUUGGGUCCUAUAAAGCAACAGGACUUUUUGAAAAACAUGGGCAUUGACAUCCGUCUGCAGGUGCUGUUACAGAAUGCAAAAGAUGUAGCUACUCACCAUCAGCUACUUCAAAGUUAUGAAAUGCUCAUGGACCUGAAUAAAAUGGGAGAACGAUUCAACUUUUUUGCUCUUCUACCUCACUACAGACUUGUGGCUUCAAACGAGCGAAAGAAGCCACAUGAAUCAACAUCUCUUUCAGCACCUGUUGCUGGUUUUGGUGAACUCUUAUGGAAAUGAGCCCUAACUCUAAAUAUUUUUUAUGAUAAAGAUUUACAUUUUGCCAUUCAGCUAAGCACUGUGGAAACAAUUGUAUUGAUAGUUCAAAUGCAAUAUACAAUAAUGAGUGUAAACCUUUAUGCUGUAAAUACCCAUGAAUUAAUUUACUAUAUACUGAGAGAAUCAUCCCCCACCCCCAACUCCUAUUUCUAGAUGCUGAUAACAGCCACUCUGGACCCCUUAGGCAGAAGGACGGCAUCUGUUCAUUUAUUUUGUGAGACUUUUCAGCCUCCAGGUUUUCUGAGGUUGUACCCAUGUGCAACUUAUGAAUCCAGAUAAAGGCUUAAAUAAAAUCUUCAGUUUGUUGA